ACAUCUGGCUUAGUGUUAAGCGUACAUUAUUAAUACUUAGCGUCGAGAAUUACAGUUUUGAAAUACGAUUUGAACAAUUUGGGAGGUUAUGGAAUGAUGAAUGAAAAAAACAUGUCUUCAGGCAGUGGGCCAACAGAGCCUUCUCCUGGUCAGUCACAGCUUAACAGUCAAGUGAAAAGCUCAGGAGGUGAAUCAAAUAGACAAAAUAAUCUUCAGCGUAUUGCCCAAAAGAAGGCACAGGUGAAAAGCUGGCCUAGAAACAAGAAACUGGAAAAACUUGCAAUCUAUUCUUCAUGCAAAGCAGAAGAUGGAUGCAAGUGUAAUGGAUGGAAAAACCCCAACCCUCCACCAAAUCCACCAAGGCUGGAUGUUUCCCAACCACUUGCUAGUUUGAAUGAUCCUUGCAGAAGCUGUGGUCAUGUUUUAGGAGCUCAUGUAUCUCACCUUGGUCAGACAGCUGAGGAAGAACUGAAUAGAUUACUAGGAAUUGUUGUUGAUGUGGAAAACUUGUUCAUGUGUGUUCACAAGGAAGAAGAUGCUGACACUAAACAGGUUUAUUUUUACUUGUUUAAGCUUCUGAGAAAAAGCAUUCUACAAAUGACUAAACCUUCUGUGGAAGGCCCACUAGGAAAUCCUCCAUUUGAAAAGCCAAAUAUUGCAAAGAGGCAUCACAAUGUGGUGGCUGUGGGUGUGUCUGAAACUUGCUUCUAUACUGGUAUUUUUCAAGACAUUUUUCAUUUUAUAGAUGGCUUUGCUACUGCCAUGUCCCUGCAUUUUGUGAUAGUCUUCCUCACUAUGACACAACAGUUAUUUUUGGGAGAACUUUAUUGA